AUGCCCGUCUUGCUCACCAGCAAUUUUAUCAACAAAGACCACAAGCCAUUUACGCGCAACACAACGAACUGCGAAGAAACAAAACCCAUAUCCACAGAAACCAACAACACUUCUCAUAUUUCUUUGGAUGAUGAUCCGUAUUACAUUCAGCCUGCUGUGUUGGAGAGAGUGAUGAAUCGUUUGUGCUCCGAAAAGAGAGUUAUAGAAAUGUUCGACUCUGAUUCCAUAAUAGAAUGUAUGGAAAAUUGUGGUGUUUCACCAACUAUUGAUGUAACUACUUUCAAUAUUGAACGAUUAAAAUGUGGUAGGAGCAAAGUUGAGUGGGUCGAGUUCGUGUUGAGCGAUAUGAAGCAAUGCAGCGAGAAAUAUGGCACUAAAAUUCUUUAUCAAAUUCUACAACAUUGUGGGCAAGCAGAUAUUAACAAAUGGAUGAAAAAACAUCCUUCUACAUCAUCAUACCAACAGAAUGUUGUGUGA